AUGCUGUCCUACGUGCACAGCCUCGGCAUUGACCAUGUUCGGGAAGCCGACAUGGUCUGGAUUGCCGAGGAGGCUCCAGCCUACAAUGCACCCCUUCCUCCGGGUUGGACGGAGCACGUGGACGCCAACGGGCGCACCUACUUCUACAACACGAACCUGAGGGAGUCGCUGUGGAAGCAUCCCAUGGAUCAGGAAUUUGUAGAAAUCGCCAACUACUGGAGGCGCGCCCUGAAAGCUGGUGGCUUCUGGGACAUCGAUGAGGAGUUGGCCGAAAUGGAGGAGAAGAUCCGUGCCAACCUGGCGAACUGGAUGGAGCUUUACGACGACACGGGCCAGAAGUUCUACUUCAACCGGAAGACAGAGGAGAGUCUGUUCGAUGAUCCACGCCACACGACGUACCACAGCCUCUAUACAAGAAUCAGGUUCGUCAACAUGAUGAAGGAGAAGCUGCCAUUGCUUGCCCUGGCCCCGCGGGCCUCGGACCCUGUUGUCAACGCGACGGAGCUCGAGCGGCGGCAGAAGGAAGCCCAAGAGAAGGCCCAGGCGGCCGUCACGCGGGUCCAGGCCAGAUGGGAAGCAACGGGAUGUGUGGUUAAGGUCCUCUUCCUUUUGUGGUACCUGUGGGCUGUGGUACCUAUGAGGAGCGGAGAUCUUCUUUCAGACAAGCCCUACACCGCCGUGGGGCUCAGGUGGACCAACAAGAAAGAAACUGCAGGAGGUGUGCAGGGUGGGAAGAGGUCAAGCUUUGGAUCUCCUUGUGCCCUUUGA